CAGGUCUCAGUGGCCUGACAUGAGCUUAGCUACCGUCGACGACCCAGCGCGUUUAGAGCUCCAACUACUGGCAACAUCGGGAACAGAGGAAUCAGGCAUUACCCUCUACGACACCAUUCACAACUCGCUCGUCUUGAGACACGUAAUCUCCUAUCUGCCUGUUUCGAGUGUCGUGAACCUUGCUGCUACAAGCCGAGCUUUCCGAACUCUCGUCCUAGAGACCCCAGGAGUCUUUCGCCAUCUUGCUCUCUCUCAUAUCAAGGCGGUCCAGUUUGAGAUUGACAAGAUCGACCACGGCGGCGAGAUCUGGCGCAAUGUCCAACUGGACGAAAACCUCACCGAAGAUGACUUCUACUCUGGCCCGCUGAGGGGCAUCUUCUCAACGCUUCGGCGACAGAACAUUCUGCAGAAUGUCCAGACGCUGGUCCUUGACGGCCUCUCCGUCACUUCGGAGCUCUGCCAUGAGAUUAUCAAUGACGCCACCUUCAACGUCCGCAUCCUGUCCAUCCGCGAAGUGAAGAACUUGAACCACGGCAAGCUGCGCCAAACGCUUCAGUAUGCGUGUCGCCCGACCCGGCGAGCAGGUUCUCCCAAGCUCCAGGCACUGUACGUCUUCGGCUCCAGGGACAUGUUGACUGCCUCGCCGCAAUCCGAUGGAUCCGGCAUGUCCAUCAGCGCAGAGUGGAACAAGAAGAGCCAGAGUGCUCUCGCGUCCUCGCUACAGCACCAAGGGGACGUCUGGUGGCACGAAAAGGGCCGCAUCUUCCCUCGGCCGAUCAGCCAGGAGUGGGCCAACUGCAUGCUGGCCUGCCGUGGCAUCAUCGCCUUCGAUGCCGUCCUCUGCCACGGGCCACGCCACCGCAACUCGCCGGCCUACAGGGGCGGAUCGGACCUCGACAGCGCUCCGGCCGUAGCCACCUACUCACUCGCCGGCUGCGAGGGCUGUCACGGCGCUCCUGAAGGUCUCAUUCACCCAGACAGCAGCUCCGUGGCCAAUCUGCCGCUGCUAGCCCCGCUGCCUCUCCUUUCUUCAUCCCUCCGGGCUGCGACCAAACCCAGAGAGCCAUGCGGCUCCUUUGUGCCCAGGUGUAUGGACUGCAUCCGCGAGCGAUAUUGCCUUGGGUGCGACAAGUGGUGGUGCGAGUCAUGCUAUGAGCUUCCCGGCCAGAGCUCAGGGAUCACCAUUGUCGACGACGAGACGAUCAAUAGCUACGGCGAUCUGGAUCUCGCGACACCGACGAUGAAACUCAAGCCACGAUUGUCGAAGAGCUGCUGGGAAUGCGGUAGCAAUUGCGAAACUUGCAUCAACAGCACUCAGCGAGUGUGCAAGAAGUGCUGCGCUGGAUAUUGCCUCGUUCAUAAUGAGGGAUGUUCGAUGAACCACUGCGAUUGGUGCGUGUCCCGCGGACGAGGUCUAGGCCGUCUCUGA